AUGGCCUCACCGUUUGUCCCUGUGCCUGUACCCUUGGACAGAGUCUCAUCGAGUGUUAGUAGCAAGCUAAAAAGGCCACCACGAGCUUCCUCUCUGGGAAGCGUCUCCAGCAGCUCAGAAUCUUCAUCCCCGAUAACCAGUUCAGAUGUGGACGAGCAUGGAAGAAGGUGUAGAAGUUCCCAGCUUCAUUGCGCAGAAAGAAGCAGUCGAAGCCAGACGCCACCGCCUCACAGCAGUUAUGUCACACAUACCAUAGGAAAUGGGACUUUUGAACCCUUACUGGAAUAUUCAAGUUGCCCCCGCUCUAUAUCUGCUCCAAUAGCGAGCCAGCAAGGAGAUGGAGAGAGACCCAUCACCCCAACGGUGCUGGGAUACGAAGUCAUGGAGGAGAGAGCAAAGUUUACGGUGUAUAAAGUCCUGGUCAGGAAAACCACAGAUGAGAGCUGGGUUGUUUUCAGGAGGUACGCAGACUUUUCCAGACUCAACGACAAGUUAAAAGAGAUUUUCCCGGGCUUUCGGCUCGCAUUGCCUCCUAAAAGAUGGUUUAAAGACAACUAUGACAGUGACUUUCUGGAAGACAGACAGCUAGGACUUCAAGCCUUUUUGCAAAACUUAGUUGCACACAAGGACAUUGCCAACUGCCAAUCAGUGAGAGAGUUUUUAUGUCUGGAUGAGCCGCCUGGGCCCUUCGAUAGUUUGGAAGAGAGCAGGGCCUUCUGUGAGACUCUAGAAGAAAGCAACUACCGUCUGCAGAAGGAACUGCUGGAGAAGCAAAAGGAGAUUGCCUCGCUCAAAAAGAGCCUUGAGGAAAAAGAGCAGGCCAUUCUGCUUUUGGAAAAGCAUAUCAAUGGUGAGUGUGGGACCCCCCAGUCUCCAUGUGGUCUGUCAACUCAGGGCAGCGAGAGCAGUGCAGAUGCAGAUGUGGAAUCGUCAUCUGCUGCGGAGGCUGAUCAGGACAUGCCAAACGAACCAGGUCAUGAGGCCAAAAUCUGAGAGCCGAGUCCAGAAAUGUGAGCAGCACAUGUGAGAUCCACCUGGGGCGAUCUUCUGCCUGUUGGUGUGGGCCACCAAUCAGCACCUCUCCUCCAAUCAUCGAGGUCACCCAGCUCGACCAACAGAAGAUUGAUAGUUGAAAACACUGGUCUUCCUUCUUCUCUCCUUCUCCCACUAUACCACUUGAGCUAUGUCCAUGAGCAGCUUGCUUUUUUUUCUGAAGCUGUGUAUUUACUUUCUACAGUCAGAUAUUCCUUUUCCCCCACAUCCCUUAAAUGGUAGGGUUUGGGUGGAUGCUGGAAUUUGUUUAAAAACUGUGGCUAGGAUUAGGUUACCAUUAUGAAAUAAUAUAAAAAGAACUGACUGGUUCGGCCCCAGCUUGUUUUCAUUAUUCCUAUAUGGCCUCCGUAUGCUGGGUCAUGAGAUCCCACUUCUGAUACUGAGAUAAGAAAUUAUGAAGGUUGUUUAAUGUUCUUUUAUAAUAAUAAUAACUGGAAUCACUUAAAAUUUCACAUGACUUAAAAGCAUUUACUUUACCUCCCCGAUUGACCUUUUAAGAUGCCAACUUUAUACUUCAUCCAUCCUGCUGACUCAAAGCCAAAGUUUGGCUUCUCGACCAAAAAAAAAAAAAAAUUAACUUGAAGACUAUUUAAACUUGAAGCACUGAAUCAGAUUAGGCAAACUUCUGAUAAAAAAAAGCCCUAUCGUUAAAGCAGACAAACAUGCCCAGAGAAGAUGUUUGAGAACUGAUAACAUAUUUCUUUUAAUAUUUCCACGUACUUCCCUGCCAUUGCUUUGCACUGCCAUUAAAAGUAUAGACAUAUCUCUGCCUGGGAAGCACCACUGUGUUAAUUAAACAAUUUCACAUAAGGCUUGCUUAUUGGGGUAAGAAAUGGUCAGUGAAGUACCGGUAAACUGAUUGUUACAUUAGUUUGCAAUCACUAAUUGGUCAAGUAUGGGAAUUUCGAGAUCACCCAAACCACCAUGACCAUCAUCAAAACACUUAAGGAUUUUUCACGAGGGCACGGUCUGAUUGUGGUUAGCACAUCUGCCUCACAGUUUUUCACUUCAUGUUAAGUGUGUCGAAUACUAAAUUUUGCAUCGGGUUGAAUGUCAGGUAAUGUUAGUUUAUUUGCAUGUGCGCUGUGAUUGGCUAACAACCAGUCCGGGGUGUUACCUGCCCCUUACCCAAAAUUCAGUUGAGAUACACUCCAGGUCACCAGUCACCCUAAAAGGAACGAUGGAUGAAUUUUUAUUCUGUUCAUUGGCAAAGUGAAACUACUGUUUUCUCCCCUUUUGUAGGGUAUUUAUAACCCUGCCGCUGUUACAAAAUAAAUAACAUAUGCACAUUAUAUAGUACUUCAUCUCUUGCUGGCUUCACAUGCGUUAUAACCGAUAUUAAAAAUCAUGCAUGUUCUAUGUACAAACCUGCACGUUCUUGAUCGAACUAGUGGUAGACCAAGUAACGCGAGCAAAUGCAUCAGAAGAGCAAAACAAAAGUUGCAGGUAUAGGGUUUUGAGAAAUUCAAUGCAAAGAAAUGCGUAUUUGCCUUCCUCAUGUCUUUUGUCACAUUCCUCGGUUUCAGGCAUUCUCGUGUGCAACGGGAUCCGGAGCCUACAGACAGUGCCAGAUAAAGUGCAAAAAUGUUUACAAAGUUUUACAUUACCUCCCUCCGGCAAGGUGCUUCCUAACGGGAAGUUGGUGAUGUGUAACUGCAAUGUCUGCUAGCAUACUGUGACGGGUAUAGAUAUUAUAUUUGGAAUGAAAGACUUACGUAAAAUGGAUGUCACUUUAUUGACACAUCCUUGGUUUUAUUUAUUCUCGGUGGUUGACGUUAGCUGCAAAAAUAGUGGAAAAAAACACUUUUCAACUUUGUUGACCUUUUUAUCAAUGCUAAGAUUAUCACAUCCUUAAAAGCCAUAUUUUUUUAAACAGUUGCUCUUUGAGCAGAAUUAGUUUCAGCUCGCUGUUGUUUUGUAGGUAAAAACUCUUCUAGAUAUGCCUUGGAACCAGUGGUUUGAAGCACUUUAUGGAGAAAUGCAAAACCCUAAUAAUAGUCGCUUUGAUGUGCUUUUAGUACUAGGAUCUAUUACUCUGAGAGACAUGCUUAUCCGCUCAAAGAAUAUUUUAUUCUGAAUUUAUCCUAAAUUGACAUUCAUAUCUGUAAGGUUUGUUUUCAUUGUUACUUGCUAAUUUGUAUACUUAAGUGCCUUUAACACAUUUCACAUAUUUAAUUUUGGUGGGUUGUUGUAGCUUUAUAUGCAUUAUUUGAAAUUUCUAUUAAAGGAAAUAAUGUUUGAAAUACACCUAUGUAUACGCCACUGCUUUGAAUAGACUGGACACAGAUGUUUAUGUAAUUGUAUGUAUGUUGAUUGACUCACAUUUCUGUAUUGUGUUUAAUUUGGAAGAAAAAUCGCUUUGAAAUCUGGUCAUAAGUCUGUACACAGCUACCUUAAUUCACAAAACACGGAAUUAUGUAUAGUGUGGCACAUAAAUGUAUCGUUUCUUGCAUUUUUCAUGUAACUGUAUAGCAGUAUGUGGUUCAGCUGUUCCAUUAGAGCCAAUUCUCAAGUGUGUCCUAUACUAAUCUGUAAAUUAAAGCAGCGAGAAAAGAAAUACUCAGAAAUCCUCUGGGGAAAGAGUUGGUAAUGCUCUCUCAAACAAACCACUUGCGCCUCAAAUCAAAUCCACACAAGACUUCUUAACUGUCUCCUCUGCGCCGUGCUGCGUGGCAGCUGGCCAACCGUGCCGCCAGUUCUUCAUGCUGAUUUGAUUUGCUUAAUAGAAAACAAAUAAAUGUAUAAAAUGUUCUACUCAA